AGAUAGUUAUAGCCGAAAUGCACCCAUUAUUUUCUUCUUUAUAAAAAUCUCAUAUUUCUCCUAAAUUUCAACUAAUCCUUUCUCAUCUUUCAUUCCAAUUCAAUUACCUCUCUCAACAAAUGGGCAAGCAUACCUACCACCGUCCGGACCACCACCACAGCCACCGAGGCUGCAGCUGCGGCGGUGGCUGCUUCAUCACCUUUCUCAAGAUCCUCAUCACCAUCGUCGUCAUCGUUGGUCUCGCCGUGUUGAUCUUAUGGCUCAUAUUCCGUCCCAAUAAAGUCAAAUUCCAAGUCACCGACGCUAAACUCACCCAAUUCAACCUCACCGAUAACCAGCUCCAUUAUAACUUGGCCCUCAACGUCACCGUCAGAAAUCCCAACAGACGAAUCGGAGUCUACUACGAUACCAUCGAAGUCGCCGCCGUUUACAAAGACCAGCGCCUACAGACCCAGUGGCUGCCGCCGUUUUACCAAGGCUACAAGACAACCGCCGUCAUCACCUCUGUUUUCUCCGGCCAGCAGCUCCUUCUCCUCGCUGGGCAGGGGCUAACGGAGUUCAACGCCGAGACACUUGCCGGCGUCUACGAGAUGAACGUGUGGCUUAAUCUUCGGAUAAGGUUGAAGUUCGGCGCCGUUAGGAUCGGGAAGUUUAAGCCGAAGGUGAAUUGUGAGUUCAAAGUUCCGUUGACUUCCGAUGGAGGCUCAGUUACUUCGGUGUUUCAGUCCACCGGCUGUGAUAUUGAUUAUUGGUGAGUUAAUUCGUCUUUUUCUUGGUCGUAUUUCUUAGCUUUUGUUGUGAAUCCAUAAAUUUAUUUUAUUUGUUUGUUGUUGUUCGUAUUAUUUUAAUUCUAAUUAAUUUUGGCGAUUAGCUAUUUAUAUGGUGUAUGAAUAAUUAUAAUAAAACUUUAGUAUGGUUGGUUUUCUUA